CGUCAGCAUACCAGGGCUGCUCGAGUUUUCGCUUUUCAGUAACACCUGUCAAUACGAACGUGACAUUUUUAGUGUGUUUUCCUGUGUCUGUGACUUCUCGUGAAGGGAAAUGCUCUUGUUAACCGUUUUUUGUUUAGUUUAGUGUUUGCGCUAAUGCCCUGGGCGACACGGGACUCGGUGACUGUGGCCAGGGGUGUCUUGAAUAUCUUUUUCGCGAGCGCGCUUCAUACACGACAGAACGCCAGCCAGUUCAGAGACAAGAGUUCGCUGGUUUUGAACAAACAAAACAGCCUGUCCUGCGUUGUCUUUUCGUCUCUUUGCGCGCCUUUACCUGUUGGAUGUUGGGGGGGAAUCUGUUUUUUAUGCCUCUUCCCAGCGCCAAGCCAUGGGCUAGCCGGAAAUCCGGCUAGCAUCCAGUUGACCCGAUAUGCCAGAAACUGGUCUGUCCAACAGUGCUUCGUCAAAUUUGCUUCCUCCAAUGCGCACUUGAGCUUGGUUUCUUUCUGCAACUUCUCCCUCUUGUGGAGCUAUAGGCUCAAACGCCGCAUGGAUCGCGGCGUGUCUUCUUAGUGUCUGUUUGGAGCGACUCGUUGGACAAGCGGUCAACCAAGAUGACGACGUCUCCCCGAGUCGCCAAGUGGGCACUUCGCGUGCUAGCUCUCGUCUUUCUGCACCAUGUGACAGUCUGUACGGUAUGCGAGGCGAAAGCCUUGCACGUGAUCCGUCCUCAUCGCAAUUUUGCCGGACUCGACGUUCAACAGUCGUCCGUUGCCGACUUGCAGGAUGAAGGAAAGGGAAUCAGUUUUGCCCAGACGUACCGCGAGCGGGAUAUCUGGUUCGGCAUGCUGUAUUUCGAGUACGUCAUCACUGCGUCGACGACAAUGACUCUCGCCUUCAAGUCAAUGGCUAAGUACAUCUAUACAGCGCCGUUCCUGACGAAGUUGUUUGCCAGCAACCGCUGGCUCAAGUACUCGACACUUGACUUUCCACAGAAGCAGCAGAUCAUCCGCAAGAUUGCUCGGCGCGCCUCUUCGAAGUCCCUUUUCUCCAGAGCUCUACCAGGCGAUAGGGUGGCGGAUCUUUUCGCCGACAUGUACCUCAGAAGAGUGACAUCACGCCUGUCGCGCACCCCGGGUUUCCGCAAACCGCAGUACCUUAAGAUGAAGGAGGAUCUCACUCAGCUGAUUAAGGCCACCAAUGCUCCGACUGAGGCAAUGGAAGUUGUUCUUGGCAACAACACUCAAAACAUGUUUACGUGGAUCGACUCAGUGAGACAGAACCCAUUUGCGACAGUCAAGAACGUCGUUGUCCACGCAUUUGAAAACGGUUUGAAGGGCGUCUCUGGGAUGGUGGAGUGGGAGCUGAACCAAGGGUGCUUUGCCAUCGCUCAGCAGACGCGCCACAUUUUGCCUUUCGGCAGUCUCUUUCCCGGAGGCAUUCUCGGGAAAAUCAUGCAGAAACUGAUGCGGUCCUACAUCAUGUUUUUCCACCCAGUGCUUGCGAACUUCAAGGGGCUCCUAGCGCUCUUCCUCGGUGUCCUCUGCAAGGUCCGUCUCCCGCAGCUGAUUAACGCAGUCUUUGGAGCGAUCUUCCGGGCAAAACGUCGCGCCGGGCGCUACAUCCACAAAUUCUUCUUUAAAACCAUUUCUCUCCGCAAAGACAUCACCGGGAAGAUCCUCGUUGACGAUCUAGUCAGGGGGUCGGGAGCCGUGAUGAUCACUCUGCUCUUUCAGCUCCACGGUGUUGAUAUCGAUGCCAUCAGUCGACGUGGAGGGGCCGUCGAGUCAGGCGUUCUCGCCGGCCAGGGCGUGUGGACCUUGUCCGAUGGUCUCUUCGUCGGCUUGAAGGAUUUCGGCCAACUCUUCCGAGCCUAUUUUGAACGAUACGUAAAUCUCACAUCCGCAAUCCACACCUACUGCGCAAAGCAAACGACCAACUUCUUCACAGAAACCGAACUCGAUGAAUUCUAUAACGGCGAAAACGUCGACAGAAUUCCCCCUCGUGAAAGACUGUUGGCAUGGUGUGACAAGAACAAGAGUUAUCUCGCAAUCAUCGAGAAGGACUUUAUCGGCUUGGCCACCAACUUCCUCAACCACAUGAUCAAGUGUCUGAAGAUGGACUUCAAGUACUUCGAGGGUUACCUGGCGAACAUCAUGUCUAUUUUCUACGAGAUGACCUUUGCGACUCUGGAAAGCGACAUCGUCAGUGCCAUCAACGCGAACCAGGGCCGCGCUCCGCAUACGCUGGAGCUGGAAGCCAUUCUAAAGCGUCGGCAGCAAGCCAAUAACCCGCCGAAAGAGGCGGAGAUGCCUCGCACGAUGUUCAGAAAACCCUGGAUGAGGGCGGCGAUUCGGAAGCUUGCUCACGGAUACUUUUCCUCCGCUGCUGGCUUCGCUUUGAAGACUCUUCUGCAGCAAAUCAAACCCGCGAACGCAGAGAAGCUUCUGGAUAAAGCCUUCACGCGCGUCAAGGAGGGGUCGAAACUCAUUCGAUCUUCCCUGACAGUGAUCCUAGGUCGCUUCUUCAACAGCCAAGCGCUAAUUGUUCGAGCGCACGAUCAGACCGUGCGCAUGAGAAUGUACGAAUUCAUCAACCAGUGCCAGAACCCAGAAGACCCGAACCACCGAGACGUUUGCGGGAACAAUGUAACAACGAACAUCGAUGAAGUGAAAUUUGUAUCCAAGUCGCUUCUCGCGUUGAACCUUGGUAUUUUGGUCAGUCCUAGAGAUUUGCUCCUGUCGCAAGUUAUCGAAACAGACCCUGCGAAGGAUUCCAUUGAUCCGACAGAGUUCUUCGCGGAGUGGGAAGCGUGGCUACAAGCCAAAGGCUACAAGCCUCACCAGAAAGGAAAGGAGUAUCUGCUGUUCGCGGAAGACAUCAACCAGAAAGCAAAUAUUAUCGCCUUCGUGGAAGCUUUGAGGCAUACGCUGCGCGACAGACUGCGCUUUGGCCGCUUCGAUCAGGAAGGCGCAGACAAUCUCCGCCUUUUUGAUGUUAACGGACGUUCUGCAAUCUUCCGCCCCAGGGAUCCACAGUCCAUGUGGGAUCGCAUCAAGGAGGUCCGCCCAGAUCCGCUGGAUGCACCGGCAACUUUUGAAGUGCUUGACUAUAAUGAAGGAAUCCUCCGCUUUAGUAGUAAACCUGGAAUUCCUUUCGAAGGAAGGCUGGAGUAUGCCGAUGACCGUAGAGAGCUUCGCAGCAUCCAGCAAGAUCCACAGGCAAUCAAAGAGCUUCUCGUCUCGCAGAUUAUGCAAAUCAAACCGCGUCUCAGCGCUGAAAUGACUGCGACAUUGAUGAUGGUCUUGCAUCGAUACACUACUUCCUUCCACAGGCACAGCUUCGCCACCUUCCUGCAGAACCUGUCGCCAAAGAUGUUCUUCGACGGUGUCUUGGCUUUCGCGGACCAGCACCAACAGCAGGCCGAAGCCACUCUUCACCUGGAUCGUCGACUCUACUCGUUCCCCAUGACUUUCCAGACUUUCAAGGACAUCGUUUUCAACUCGUUGAACACGAUGGUGUUGCGUAUGCAUUCGCUGGACACUGCUGACUCGCUGUCCGUUUUUCUCGUCGGUCUGGUUCACUACGCCUACCAGAAAAUCCAGAAGAACAGGACUGGAAGAACCCUCGUCAUGCAGCAUUUCCUACGGGGCUUGGUGCAUGUCAUGCGGUCGGUGGAUGCUGAGCGGUUCCGGGAAGACUUUCCCGAGUGUCAGUUCCUCAUUGAACCAAACGGAACGAUCGACGAGGUUGUUGCCAUCAAAUGCGCGCUGUACCGUUUCGUCAAACUCCGCUCUUUAGAACUGCCACGAGCCAUCGCUCCGGACGUGGAAGAAUCGAGAAUGACGGAGGCCCGGGCAAGAACUUACCUGAACGGCUUCGUUGAGUAUCUAGACAGGCUGCGGUCCGAGAGGACAAGCUGGGCAUCUUUUUUGAACUUUAAGGGCUUCUUGGAGACGGCAGAGCUGUACAGAGAAACAGUCGGGGCCUACAGCUACGAGGAGUUGGAGCGCCAGAUCAAGACGGAACCGAUCACUGACCUCGACGUGUUGGAACAGUUGCGAGCCUUGAUGGAUCCCUCGCUUGGGCGCAUCGUGGCUCCGAAGAAGGAUGAAGGCACAGCCCAGGUCAUUCGGAAAAUCUGGGGAAACUUGGGCGAAUUCUCGAGUGGCACGCGCCAAAGAGUCCGCAGCGCGCUCAGCCAGAUGAGAAGCCGGCUCGUCAGCGUUAUGGGCAGCACGACACUCCCUAAGGCGAUGAGACUGUUCAACGUGAUGAACAGCAGCCAAUUCUUCGGUGCAUUGGAGUUCGCAGAAUUCAGAGCUUUUCCGGACACGAGGACACCGCCCGAAGAUAUCCUAAAGGCUUCCGACUUGGCCCUCUUUGGAAGGGUGCUUCUCGUGCUGGAGACGACGCCAUUGUAUCUCGACAACCCCAAGCAAAUGUCAGACAUCGUAAUGCAAAUGCGCUCCAUUCCAUUUAUUUCGCCAGAAUGCCAAGAAUUGUUCCGCGAAAUCGAAGAGAUGGUGCGGCAUAUGUCCCACGAAGAUGUCAGGGUUGCGGUGGGAUGGCUGUUGACUUUCAACAUCGGCAAAGGCCUGACGGGCAGCACUGUGGCGCUCGGGCUUCUCGCCCUAGCAGGCGUUCCCUUCGCCAACAGCCAAAUCAGCCACCAGGAUAAAAUCGGCAUUCUCAGGACUCUGGACGCGGACACCCUUCGCUUCAUCAAAAAACACCUUCUCAUGCCCAUGGUGUUCAGACACAUGGCCUCACUGUCUGACGGAGAAGCGAUGAAUCUCCUCCGCUUUGUUCCUAAAGCGACCUUGCUGGUCGCGUACCCGGCGUCAAUCCGAUAUCUUCCAUUAUCGGAGCCGGUCAACGUCGUGGACGCAGUCGACAAACUCAUUGCUUCAAAAGCCAUAGAUGCAGUGCAGCAGCACUUGGGCCAGGUCCGGCAGCUCCCGGGAGAGGCGUCCCAUGACGCAGUUUGCCGAACCAUGAUCAAUAACAUCAAAGUGGAAUUAGGUCUGUCCACCGAGGAUGCCAUGAAGUUCUGGACUCGCUCGCACAUGUUCUUUGACAAGCGUCUACCGGCGGCCUGCAUUCUGUUGAUCCACCUGAAAGCCAUGCGCGAGCAAAACAUUCGCGAGACAACCGUGGCUGCGCUUGUCGACAUGUUGUACUACAAUGGCACUGCGCUGAACGACCACCUCGCUUUCAUUGCGAAGAAAGGAGCUAACGAACUUGAGCGACAAAAGCAGAUUGACCGAGUCGGCUCCCUCCUUACGAUGGUGUAUGUGGCUGUCGUGAGCGGAUCCCUUCAAGUGGAUGCCAGCUUUAUGGGGUACAGCGGCGAGACAAAGAAUUUGACUUUUCACUCUCGAAGAAGCUCUCGUGGAACUGAAGUUCCUCUUCUGACCGCAUGCAUACAGGCCACCACACAUAUAAUGGGCCCUCCGAAGGAAAAGCCCGAGAUUUUCCAAGCCUCCCUGAGCAGCUAUUUCCUUGGCGAAUGGUUCCGUUUCGUGGAGACGAGCCGCCUUGAAGAAUAUGCGGCUGCGUACCGCCGUGGAGGUGGCUUCCAGAACAUCAGCAGAGAGACCUUAAAAAAUAUCAGCUCGGUCUACAACUACUAUGAUAUUGGAGACUACUUCAUUUCGAUCAGACAACGGUCCCUCUAUCCUCAGAAUGAGAUCGUGAAAACCGCAAGCAUGGCUUUGAUUCAAGAUGAAGCAACGAUCGAUGACUACGGAAUGGCAAUGCUUACAGUUGAUAUGGGACACCGGGUUAGAAAGGCAAAAAUCAAAUGCUAUGAGGACGCCCUCAAAGACUACGUCGAAUACGUUGACAAGAGCCGCAGCGCCCAGGAAAUGUUCAAAAUUGACUGCGUGCACAACUAUUUCAUCGAUAUGGGCUCUCUCGGCUACUCAGCUGCGUCAAUCACUCCAGAACAAAAAGAUCAAAUCAUUGCAUCAUUAGACAGAGUAUUUGCAGGUAAAUGCGAAGACAUGUACACGGCUCUUAUUGGAUCACAACCUGACAUCCACAAGCUGAAACAGCAGGCGUGGGCAUUUGCCACGCUUGCGCACAACUCUUUGAAUAGCGCCACACGCUUGGGUUCUAUCGUCAAUAUGUUACAUAACCUCAUUACGGACAUAGCCGCCGGGACCCCCUGGAAUAAUGUUGUUGACGGAAUUGCGGCGGAGCGAGCCAACAAGAUAUGGGAGCGCUUGGGCGAUGUAUCACACAGAACUCCGAUUUAUACGGCGAUAGAUCGCCCGUAUCUCUUCAAUCCAUUUGCCUUCCUUUUGGACUUCCUGCUCUACGUUAAAACCAAUAAAGCUCACAAACUCCGGAUGCCGAAGAUGCUUCUAAUGAAGAGAGCUGCCGUACUGAAGGAACUUCCUUUCAAAAAGAAGACGACUCCGCCAGGAAUGACCGAAUACAAGGAAAGGGCAGCGGCCCUGAAGGAUGCCUUUUUCGCACCCUAAUGAAGAACGAGUUUCACGACUUCCAGGAAUCAAGAACAUAUUGUAUGUGACGAUUUGACUGGAACACGGUUCUGCGGCAGCGCUCCGUAAGCCAUGCGAGUUUUUAAAAUGAUGUUCUGGUCCCUUCGUUGCAGUUUUCAGAUGAUGGCAUGCACUGCGAUUGAUUGUUUUGCCACCGUGGGGCUCGUAUUCACAUACAGGUGACUACGGGUAUCGUCAUUGGGGGGCUCGAUGCUUCAGCGAAUUGUCUUGUGAUGCCUCCCUGUACCCCGGAGGAAGACGUUUGGUCAGUACCGAACAAACGUAAUUUCUUUUUGCUUGAUGGAAUAUGCACUGUCCUGCGCACCUGGUGUCGAUCCCGCGCGUGGUUUGGCACCGUGCAGCGGAUAAGGAAAUUCCUUGAUUGAUUUAGGACAAGUGGCACAAUGACAGAUGUGCAAGGAAUCAAGCGCCAUUUACUUCUGUUACAUUUCCGAAAAAAAACAGACCGAUGGAAAAUAAAAAGGCAGCCACCCAAGUCAAACUAUCUUUUUGAAAAAUUUUGUAUAUGGUAAAAAAUUUCUAAUUAGAAAUUAAAGUUUAUUAAAGUGAUGUUUCAUUAGUGGC